GUGAACAGUCGGUCCGUUGCCGGGGCAACGGCGGUGGGACGCUGUGACCUCCGGCUGAACUUCACUGCAGGAAACACCGAGCAGGAGGAGGAGGAGGCGUCUCCGGGCCCAGAGCUGCAGAGGAAGCGCCGCCGCGGCUCGUAAAUUAUCUCCUGACGUCCGUGGCCACCCGAAUCCAGCCGACUCGGACACUACAAGCGAACAACGACGACGUCGACGAUCGAAAACAGAAACCCGCCCGGCAAAUUAUGCCGAAGAUGUCUGCGCGACUUGAUAAUGUGAAGCCUAAAAAGAGGAAGACCAGCACUGAGCGCAGGGGCUCCAGAAAGGUUGCUGGUACAGGGAGGAGGUGUCGGAAAAGUCAGAGGCUGCACUCGAAAGCAGAAGGCAGUUCAGCAGUGAGGUCCAGCAAAACGGCCGAUCCUCUGGAGAGACUCUCUCACAUCAGCUGUGAAUGCCACCAGCUCGCUGGCAGGAGGAGAUGUUCAGCAUCACCAGAUCUGCAAGGCCAGGAGGGGAAAGAGAACGACCUGAGGACAGAGCAGGAGUUUGACAGCUACACAAAGAACAACAUCUGGAAUAAACAGGAGCCUGAGUGUACGGAUUGUGAGGACACGAGUAAAAUCUUAUUCCCAGAUGACGACAGUAAUCAGAUCCUUCCUGUGGAGCAGUUCUUUGGAAACUUGGACGUUGUACAGGACUUUCCUCAAAUAUCAUCAGCUCCAUCAUCCAGUGUCCAAAGGCAGAAGAAGAGGCGACAUUACUACGCACUGGAAGACAGCGAUGACGAGGAGAUCGCCCUCAGCAGCAUUUAGUGAGACGAGAGGGAAGGCCCGUCAUGAAGAGUAUUUGUCUGACUACUGUGGUGGACUUCAGUUGUAGCCAUUGAAAAACAAAAAUUUCAUUAGCACCUAUGAAAAAGCAGCUAAAAGAAAACUCCUGCUCAGACUUGGAUCAGUCCUCAUUGUUUGUUUUUUAAAGCUCACCACUGUCAAAAGUAGGAAGGAGGUCACGGUCAACAGGUUUGUUUGAGGUAUUUCCAAUUUUAAACAUGUAGCAGUACACUAUCUGACCACAUUGGGGGCAACAUAUAGCACAAGAAAGUUCAUAUGACCGCACCUCUAACAGGACAGGGUGCGGAUGUAGGACUCCUGCUCAUAAACACAACAUUGUGGCUCUUGUGCCAAAUAGCAGCUCAAUAUGCCCCCAUGUGGUCAGAUGUGGUAUUGUUACAUAUUGCAAACUUUUCUUCAAAGGUAACUGAUAUCUGAUGUGCUCAGAUUUUGAUAUUUUUCUAAAAUUGCAACAUGGAUUCAUUUGAAACAGGUAACACAGGAGUGGUUAUUAAACUAUUUCUAGCUGAAUUUAUGCUCAUAACAUUGCUGUCUCAAUCACAAGUGAUCUUAGCAGCUUGGUGUGUUGACACUGUACUUUAACUAGACAAAUCAAACCACACAAGGCUCUGUUGCCUUUUGUUUUCUCCGUUUUAAAUGUCAAAUGGUGCUGGAUUAAACCUGUAAACUUCCAAAGUGCUUUUUUUGUUUAUACAAAUGAAUUUGUAAAAUCUAAGUCAUGUCAGUGAAAGCAACAGUGAGUUUCAUGGUCUGAUGUCAUAAAAGAUAUGGAACACACCAAAGAGCAGGACUGAAAUUAGAUUUAAUACCACAAAAUUAUGUCAAAGAUGAAUGUCAUUUACCAUUAAUUGUUCACCAAGUGUCUAAAGUUCCUUAAAUGUUUUUUUUGUUAAGCUUUUGAAUCUGAUUUUCUACGCAUCAAAUGCAUCUGUAAAUAUAGACAUCAAUGCAGCUAAUAAUCUUUGAUGAAGCUCUUAAUGGGUUGAUAUGUGCAAAAAUUAAUUCCGAUGGAAAAAGUAUUGAUUGUUCAUCCUAAAGUGUGAUUGACAUUAAAAAUGUAAUGUAACCAGGUUUAUUUAUUGCACUAGAGCUCUUCCCACCUGUUGUGGAAUUGUGUAUAUAUCAGAUUGUUUUGACCAGUCAGUCAAAUCUUGUAUCUUUAUACUGCCUUAUUUAUGCAAAGCGCUUUCAUAUUUUUCAACAGAAAUGCAACUUUGUCUUCAUUAACCAGAAUUUGUAAUUCAUUCUUGUAUUUUAAAUCAGCGUGCCAAAUAAAGAAAAAAUGUUCCGCAUGACUUUAAA